AUGAAAAGACUCAUGGAAUAUACGCUGAAUCUUUUUAAUGAUGAAGGAAAUAAUACUUAUUUAAAAAUAUGGAAAUCGAUCGAACUACCAAAAUUUUGGUCAAAGUUACCAAACCCUAUUACUCAUCAGAAAAGUUUUAUGAUAUCGGAUUCAUUUCACCUUGCAAGUAUAAUUACUGACCUUGUAGAUACAACAAAGUGCCAACGUAGAGAUCAG